AUGGCCCAAACAUAUAAAAUCGCCGCCAUUCCCGGUGACGGGAUCGGCGUAGAUGUAACCGAGGCGGCAGAACAAGUAUUGCACGCCGUCGCUAAAGCACACGGCGGCUUUCAAUUCCAAUUCACCACCUUCGACUGGUCCUCCAAAAAGUAUCUCGAGCGCAAGUGGUACAUGCCCGACGACUACGUGCAACAACUCCAAAAGCACGACGCUAUCUACUUUGGCGCCGUCGGCUGGCCCAAUGUCCCGGAUCACAUCUCCCUCUGGGGCAUGAUGCUACCCCUCCGCAACUCCCUGAACCAGUACGUCAACGUCCGGCCGACGAGAGUGCUCAAAGGCACUACGGUUCCCCUGGCCCAGUUGCAAGACAAUCCCAAACACCUUGACUGGGUUAUUGUCCGUGAAAAUUCGGAGGGCGAGUAUGCCGGCCAAGGUGGCACCACCCACGGCCACAGCGACUACGCCAUUGCCACCGAGGUUGCCAUCUUCACCCGCGUCGGCAUCGAACGCAUCCAUCGCUUUGCCUUUGAAAUGGCAAAGUCACGCCCGCGGAAGAAGCUGACCAUGGUGACCAAGAGUAAUGCGCAGCGGCACGGAAUGGUGCUAUGGGACAAGAUCUUUUAUGAAGUGGCUAAGGAGUACGACGGAGUGGUAGAGUACGACAAGAUGCUCGUGGACGCCAUGACGGUGCGCAUGGUCAACAAGCCCGAGAGCUUAGAUACCAUUGUCGCAACUAACUUGCACGCCGACAUCUUGUCCGACCUAGCCGCCGCACUGGCCGGCAGCAUUGGCAUAGCACCAUCGUCCAAUCUGGACCCAACCCGCAAGAACCCCAGCAUGUUCGAGCCGAUCCACGGCUCGGCGCCGGAUAUUGCAGGGCAAGGCAUUGCCAAUCCCGUGGGCGCCUUCUGGUCAGCGGCAGAAAUGGUGCGGUGGCUUGGGAAUGGCAAGCUAGACCACACAGCUGAUCAGCUGAUGGAGGCCAUUGAGAAUGUGACGAGCAACCCCAAGACGAGAACGCGCGAUAUGGGUGGGAGUGCGAGCACGAAGCAAGUCACCGACGCGCUGUGUCAAGAGGUCGCGAAGAUUGUCGGACAGAAGAAGUAG